CGCAAGUCUACACAUGUAAAUUUGAACUAAUUAGCUUAGCUAACAAAAGAUAUGUAAAAUGCAAAAUGUUAUAGAUCACAUCGACUAGAUAUGAUGGGCCGGAAAAAGUGGGCUGGAUUAGGCGUUAUCGGGCUAUUAGAUAAUGAAGAAAUAUAGGGGGAUACUUUGGACAAACCUUUUCCGCGGUCGGGAGGAAAGGGCAGCGAUAAGCCAUGAUGAUACGGGGUGGUGGAUCCGCGUUUGCUAAGUACUGUCGAAGAGGGAUGUCAUCAUCUCGAGAGUUACCUUCAGAGAAUCAUCAGAUGGAGGCGAAUCGUGGUUUUGCCAGUUACGUAUUUAAAGGGGCAGUCUUUUACACGUCAUACGCCAUGAGUAUGUAAUUCGUAGCCGGGAAGAAGAUCAUCAUGCUUCUGCUUCUGGUUCCCUUGGCGAGUCGUCGACGACUUCCCAAGACAAGAGAGAAUGAAGGAAUCAAUCGUAAUGGCUUUUGCUUGUUUCUUUCGCUUUUUAUGUAUUUAUGUUCUUACCUGAGUUGGGAUCUGUAGAACUAACUUCCCAUAAUUGUAUCUCACGAACGUGAUGUAGUAAUCUGAGUAAAUCUAAAACUAUCUCGUGGAAUU